AUGAUCCGCGGACAGCACUGGGUGGCAGCCCGCGUCCCACAGAAGUGCCCAGCUGAAGCUCGUCUCAGCGUGAGGCUAGACAACGCUGAGUCCUACAGAUGCAGUCUGGAGGCCAAGCUCCGGAUCCCACAGGACUACAAAGAGGACGCAAUGGUCUGCGGACAGCACUGGGUGGCAGCCUGGGUCCCACAGCAGUGCCCAGCUGAAGCUCGUCUCGGUGUGAGGCUAGACAACGCUGAGUCUGGGACUGGCCAGGUGCAGCCCGAUGCCCAGCUGUUCAGCCAGUGCCCUCCUCGGCAGGGCGACCUCACCCUUCCUCUGCUAAGCCCCUCUUCUGCCACAUCCGCAUUCCCCUUGGCCCUGUUCCUGACCUUGGAGGACAGAGGGCAGAGUGUGGACAUUGUCUUGGUUGUCACACAGCCCAGGAGUUGGGUGUCUGUCAUGGUCUUGACCUUGGAGGAGUGGGACAACCACAUCAUUCAUUUUACAGCUGAGAAGAACAAGCACCAAGAGAUCAGCGUCUGCCUGGGGAGAGGGCUCGCUCAGGAUGGUGACAAGGUGCUGAAAGGCGAGGAGUGUGCGCCUCAUUCCCAGCCGUGGCAAGUGGCCCUCUACGAGCGUGGCCGUUUCAACUGUGGCGCUUUCCUAAUCUCCCCACACUGGGUGUUGACUGCUGCCCACUGCCAAACCCGUUUCAUGCGAGUGCGCCUGGGCGAGCACAACCUUCGCAAGCGUGAUGGUCCAGAGCAAGUGCGAGCCGUUUCUCAAAUCAUCCCACAUCCCGGCUACCAGGCUCGCACCCACCUGCACGACAUUAUGUUGUUGCGACUUCUCCGGCCUGCCCGGCUCUCAUCUCAGGUGCGCCCUGUGCCUCUGCCCACGCGUUGCCCCUUUGCCGGCGAGGGCUGUGUGGUGUCAGGCUGGGGCCUGCUCUCAGACAACAAGCCUGGAGCCACAGGGAGCCACAAGUCACCAGUGAGACUCCCGGAUACAUUGCAUUGUGCCAACAUCAGCAUUAUCUCCGUGGCAUCUUGCAACAAGGACUACCCUGGUCGAGUGUUGCCCACCAUGGUGUGUGCUGGUGUAGAGGGCGGCGGCACGGACUCCUGUGAGGGUGACUCUGGAGGACCCUUGGUCUGUAGCGGUGCCCUGCAGGGCAUCGUAUCCUGGGGUGAUGUCCCCUGCGAUACUACCACCAAGCCUGGCGUCUACACCAAAGUCUGCCGCUACAUGGAGUGGAUCCGGGAAAACAUGAAAACAAGAAACUGACUCGUUGGUCCACCACCUAGGUCCCUCACUAACCACCUGGGACCCUGACCAAGAAUUCCCCAUAGCCGGCCAGCAGCCCCAUUCCUACCGGAGACAGAGCCGAGUCCUCCUGCCCAUUGACAUACACCGUUAGCCAGGGCCCCACCCCUCCCGAGGUCACCUGCCUAACACCAAGAAAACAGUGUUUUCCCAACACUCUCGCGGCAGAAGCAGACAGAUCU